AAAAUCCACGCGAACGAAAAGGGGGAAGAUCAGCGGCAAGAGAACCAAGCCUCUCUCGCUUGAAGCUCUCUCUAAUGGGUGGGAGAAAAUUUAUGGGGGCAUUUUGGGUAGUAAUUUUUACUCUGCUUCUUCCCGUUCUGUCCUCCGGAGGCGACAUAGUUCACAAAGAUGACAAGACUCCGAAGGCCCCGGGCUGCUCAAAUGAUUUUGUCCUGGUAAAAGUCCAAACUUGGAUUAAUAAAAUAGAAAGUAAUGAAUUUGUCGGUGUUAGUGCUCGAUUUGGGAAACAAAUGGAAUCAAAAGAAAAGUAUGCCAACCGCACUCGACUUGUCCUUGCAGAUCCUUCCGACUGCUGCACUACACCUAAGAAUAAGCUUGCUGGAGACAUCCUACUUGUUGAUCGAGGUGGCUGCAAAUUUACAAUUAAAGCAAAAGUUGCAGAAGCUGCUGGAGCAUCUGCUCUUUUAAUCGUAAACUACUACAAAGAGUUAUACAAGAUGGUUUGUGAUAGCAAUGACACAGAUGUAGAUAUAGGCAUACCUGCAGUUAUGCUUCCGGAAGAUGCUGGUGAAAGCUUGAAGAGAAAUAUAAGACAAAGAGACUCAGUUGCGGUUCAGUUAUAUUCUCCAGAUCGUCCUCUCGUUGAUAUUGCGGAGGUGUUUUUGUGGCUUAUGGCUGUUGGCACUAUAUUAUGUGCAUCUUAUUGGUCAGCGUGGAGUGCUAGAGAAGCAUCAAUUGAACAUGACAAACUACUUAAGGAUGCCCCGGACAAUUUAGUUAACAUGGAAUACACAAAUGGUGGUGGUGGUGGUGGUGGUGUAGUGGACAUCAACAUGACAUCUGCUGUCUUAUUUGUUGUAAUUGCAUCAGGCUUCUUGGUUCUACUUUACAAACUUAUGUCCACUUGGUUUGUGGUGCUUUUGGUGGUUCUAUUUUGCAUUGGUGGAGUCGAGGGCCUACAAACAUGUUUAGUCGCUUUGUUAUCAUGGUCCAGGUGGUUUAAACAUUCUGGAGAAACAUUCAUCAAAGUACCUUUGUUUGGUCCAGUUUCCUACCUUACACUGGCUGUUUCUCCCUUCUGUAUCACAUUUUCUGUCAUUUGGGCUGUUUACCGCCAGCGACAUUUUGCCUGGAUUGGGCAAGAUAUCCUUGGCAUUGCAUUGAUAAUAACGGUUAUUCAGAUUGUGCGCAUACCUAAUCUGAAGGUUGGUACUGUGCUCCUAGGUUGCGCCUUCUUGUAUGACAUAUUUUGGGUGUUUGCGUCAAAAAGUUUGUUCCAUGAAAGCGUAAUGAUUGUGGUUGCACGGGGUGACAGAAGUGGCGAGGACGGUGUGCCUAUGUUACUUAAGAUACCACGCAUGUUUGAUCCAUGGGGUGGAUAUAGUGUCAUUGGUUUUGGUGACAUUCUUCUUCCAGGACUGCUAGUGGCAUUUGCAUUGAGGUAUGAUUGGGCUGCAAAUAAGAAUUUGAGGGCAGGUUACUUCCUGUGGACUAUGGUGGCCUAUGGUUUCGGUCUACUAAUAACAUAUGUGGCUCUUAAUUUGAUGGAUGGACAUGGUCAACCAGCUCUUCUAUACAUUGUUCCCUUCACCCUAGGCACGCUAUCGGCACUGGGAAGAAAAAGAGGCGAACUUAGAAAUAUUUGGGAGAAGGGAGAGCCCGAGAGAAUUUGCCCGCAUGUCAAGCUUACCCCAGAAUAGGCCUCUAGUCUUUUCCCCCCCUCCUUGUAUACCACACUAAACGAUCAGUUAUUUGUUGUAUGUAUAAAGUACUAAAGGUGUUAAGGCAUUGUAAAUUCUGAGCUAAAGGAAUGAACACAUUGAAUCAGUUACUGGAAAUGGAAACCGAAGACGAUAAACUCUUUUGUGAUCCCAUUCGCAUAGUGAAAAGCUUUCUUGAAAUUU